CUCAACCUUUGUACAUAGAAGUUGAGAUUAAAUCAAGCGUCUGUUUGUACGAAAACACCCAAAAUGUCUGACAAAAUACCGACAGUUCAGGCUCUUGAGAAGCCAGAGAAGCUUGAAAAUAUCCUGCGCCAGGACAGAGGAGAUGAUUGUUUGCCUUGCAAAGUCGUCGGAAGCGGCGCAUUCUUUGGCCUUGGAGCUUACAGCUACUUUUCCGGAAUGUCACAGCUUGAUAAGCAAAAGGAGCUGAUCCUACGGAGCAAGUCGCCAUUCGGUAUGAGAAGUCGCAAGUUUGGAAUCACAUCUAUUUCGCUUGCUCUGGUGUGGAUGGGACUAUGGCGAGCUUUCAAAUAAUCAGAAAAUACCCACAAUACGAAUCAUGCAGCGAACUCAUCUCAAUUCCAAUACGUAUCCCCUUGUAUGAUCUCUCCCGGUGCGGCUCCCUUCGGCCAGCUCUGGCUUUCCAACUAUCUUCUAUUUCAGAAAACCAUGUGUUAGUACUAUUAUGCAAGUGGUUGGGUGCUUGUUUUGUCACCCAGUCUGCGUUACUGCACGCGUACCAUGCAUAUGCCCAUCUUCGUACACUAGUAAUUAAAGCAUAAGGAGCAAGAAAGGGCAGAAGGGGCAGACAUGAUGAUUCAAUGGUGUUUAAUAAAGUGCAACAUCUUACGGUACAUACUGCGAAACUCGUAGCUUUGGUCAUGUAGUGUCGAAUCACUAAGGCCCUAGAAUUAGUUAAUAAAACGAAACUCCCA